UGUGAGGAGCCCGGCUCUUUGCUCCUUCGUGCUGCUCGGGAGCCAUGGCGGAGCGGACACUGAGGAGAGACCAGCGGCCGGAGCUCAGCGGGUCCACAGCGGCGACUCAGACGAGGAACGAACCACGUUACCUGCAGCACGACCACAACUAUUUAUGACGGAAUACAAUGGUGACGGCGAAUAAAGUUUUACACACGUAUUUAGCUGUUGUCACAGAUGUCAGCCUCAACUUUUAACUAACUGGCAUUCUGCUUCUCUGGAUGGAAUCAUAGCGGCGCGGAGUUUGUUUUGCUUUUCUGUUCUUCCCGGACGUCUGUCCUGUAAAGCCAUCUGCCUCAGGCGUAAAUCUGGUGCGCUGUCACGCAGUGGCUCACAGAGCGCCUCUUUAAUAUUUCAAAGCCGAAUCAGUGGAGGUUAACAUGGGGGCAAAGCAGAGCAGCCCAACUGCUAAUCCAGCUGCCAAUGGUCGGACAAGAGCCUACUCCGGCUCGGACCUGCCCUCCAGCACGUCCAGCAGCAACGGCAGUAAUGUUAGCAGGACUAACGCCGGGGGCGUGAGGUACCAUGCGUACAGCGCGUCCGGAGCCUCCGGAGCCACGUCCACCACGAGCCAGCACCUUGGUGCCAGGGCCAGGUCUGUGGGGGGCUCCGGGGGCUCUGGUGGGACCAGACCCCAGUCCGGCAUCAACAUUCCAAACAGCAGCGGAGCCUACAGCUCACCGGAGUCCGGUGGCAGCAGCCCCGAGGAGGCGACGAACAGGGAGCGCUCGGGCAGAGGGCACGAAGGUCCCCGGCUGCUGAUAGGAUCAUUACCAGCUCACCUCUCUCCUAAUCUGUUCGGAGGCUUCAAGUGCCCUGUCUGCUCCAAGUUUGUGUCCUCGGAUGAGAUGGAUCUUCACCUGGUUUUGUGUUUAACCAAACCCAGAGUGACGUACAACGAGGACGUCCUCACUAAGGAUGCAGGAGAAUGUGCGAUCUGUCUGGAGGAGCUGGUUCAGGGAGUCACCAUCGCUCGCCUGCCCUGCCUCUGCAUCUACCAUAAAGGCUGCAUCGACGAUUGGUUUGAAGUGAACAGAUCGUGUCCAGAGCAUCCAACAGAUUAACACUCAUUUGCACAGGUACCCCACACUGAGUGUGGCUCCUGGGAGACUGCUGGACACUGUGACCACUGUGAUCAGUUAACCACCAACCCCCCCACCCCUGAAAAAUAAUGUAGUACCAUGGUGUGCCAAAUCUCAUUAAAGCAAACUUCAGGGAUACAGACUUCAUGUUUAUGUUUGAGUUUGUAAAUCCACACUCUCAGCAUGGACCUCUGCAGCCCCGUCACUCACAGCCACACCGGCCGUCACCACAGGCGGGACUUCCUGAGCAGCCACUGGACAGCAGGUGACAGCUGAUUGUACACCAGGACACUGGAGAAGGUGGACAUAGUCCUGGGGGUGGCGGUUCUGUCACGGCAAUGGGGGGUGGGGGGGGUCUUCCCUCCCCCUCCUACUCGAUCCCUCCCCUCCUUCUUCAGCAUCACUGUCUGCCAGUGCCUUGUUGUAGUGAUGCCCAGCCACAGCAGGGCGGCACUGAGGAGUCCAGACUGUCAGCAGAGCCUGAACUCACCAGACAGGACCAUCAGGACCAUCAACACCAUCAGCACCAUCAGCACCACCUCACCACAACUGCUGCUCCACCCAGUCCAGGAGAAAAAAGCCAGAGACGGGACAGCAUGUCUGCAUCAGCAGCUUGGACACUUUCAGAGCAGACACUGCUGCGCAAAUGGUGCCAACACACACACACACACACACACACACACACACACACACACACACAUGCACACACGCACACACACACGAUCAUCAGUGCUCUUUUAUGAUAAACCAUGUUGUGGAGGUCUUCAGAUACAGAGACCUGUCCCACGACCUGGACAGGACGUCUGAGAUCAACCUGAACCUGCAGCAGCUUGUUGCCACUACGGAGACAAAAAAUAUUAUCUCAGUUUCUUGUUAUGAGAACAUUUUCUUGUUUUAACUGGAUGAUUUUUUUCAUGUUACAAUAACAUGUAACAACAUGUAGAAGUGUUUCACUAUGUUAAAAGAAACGUUUCUUAUUUUAAAGAGAUUAUGUGAAAUAAUGGGAUCUGAUAUUAACAGAAAAAUCACGUUAUAAUAACAGUUCAGUGUGUAGUAAUAACAAAAACAUCAUAACCUGAAAAAUAUUUCCUUGUGCAAGAUAAUCUUAAAACAGGAA